AUGUCUCGAUUUUGGAGGAAAUCAGAGGUACUGAUGAACGGCACAAUCGCCGUUUCUCUGUACCGUUCGACUCGUAGCCGAUUAGUUGUAGCGAUCGGAGAUGUACCCGGUCCCUUAGUGAAGGGUUGUAUUUCUUUCGUUACCGAAACGGAUUGUGACGAUGGCUUGCCUCAUACGCUGGAGCACUUGGUGUUCAUGGGCAGCAAGAAAUAUCCUUAUAAAGGCGUACUAGAUAUUAUUGCCAACCGUUGCCUGGCCAGCGGCACAAACGCAUGGACCGACCAAGAUCACACAGCAUAUACUUUAAGUACGGUUGGCAGCGAUGGGUUUUUCAAAGUAUUGCCGGUUUACCUUAACCACCUGCUUUCACCUAUGCUGUCAGCAUCCCAAUUUGCUACCGAAGUACACCACAUCAAUGGGAAAGGUGAAGAUGCAGGUGUUGUCUACAGUGAAAUGCAAGAUCAUGAAUCUGAAAUGUCGUGCAUAAUGGAUCGGAAAAAGAAAGAGAUUUUAUAUCCGCCAAACAACUCAUAUCGUGUCGACACGGGUGGACGGUUACCGAGCCUCAGGACGACUUGUAAUUUGGAAAAAGUUCGCAAUUUUCAUAAAAAAUAUUACCAUUUGUCAAAUAUGAUGGUGACGGUGUCGGGUCGGGUUGAUCAUGAACGAUUGUUGAAGAUAAUCGAGGCGACCGAGGAGGAACACUUGGGUGAUGUGCCGGCAUCAUUCCAACGGCCAUUCAUUUCUCUCCAAGUAAAGCCGAUGGCAGAAUCAAGCGAACACCGUGUUGUAUGCCCAAGUGACGAUGAGUCUCGGGGUUCUGUGGAAAUCAGUUGGUUUGGUCACAGCCCAACUGAUUUCAAAGAGAAGGUGGCCUUCGAUGUAUUGUUCGACUACCUGUCAAACACGCCUGUGUCUCCAUUACAGAAGGAAUUCGUUUUGAUUGAAAAACCUUUAGCGAGCCAAGUGUCUUUCCAUGUUGCUGAACAGGUUCUCAGAAGUUGGUUCUCAAUUUAUAGCACCUCAAAGUUUAUGGAGAAGAUAGUCAAAGAACAUCUUGAAGACAAAACUUGGGAUAUGGAACGAAUGGGCUUCCUUAUCGGGCAAUCUGUGAAGAAUGAAUUGAAAAAGAUGGAAAAAAAUCCUGCCACCCAGCUCUUUGGGCAUAUGAUUGGGCAUCAGCUAUACGACGAGAAUGAUGAUCAACUGAAAAUUCGCAUGGACGAGCUGGAGCUCCUACGUCGUCUGCGAUCAGAACCUGCCUCAUUUUGGUCAGCUCUUGUGAAAAAGUACUUUACCAAGCCACAUGUAGUUGUUGUAGGAGUUCCAAGCGAGAAGAUGGUUGACCAAGUAGCAAAGGAAGAAAAAACUCGUCUUGACGAGCAGCGCAAGAAACUUGGGCAGGAGGGAAUCAAGCAGUGUGGAGACAAAAUUGAAGCGGCCAUAAAGGAAAACACAGCAAAAAAGCCAACUGCCGAGUUGCUGAGCGAGCUGAUUGUAAAAAAGUUGGAGCAAUUCGAUCGUUUUCCAGUGGACUCGAAGAGUAAUCGAGGCGGUUCGCCGUCAUCGCAGCCAAUUACUAAGUUCUUGGAUCAGUUUCCGUUUCCGACAACCGUCCAUAACUGCCCAACAAAGUUUGUCGAAUUGUCCCUACUAUUCGAUACGACCAUUCUAACGGCUGAUCAACGCGCUUUGUUGGAUCUCUACACUGAGCUGUUGUUCGAAUCUCCAGCUAAGAUCAACGGUGAAGUGAAAAGUGCUGAAGAAGUAUCGAAACUCUAUACAAGGGAUUUGGUCGAUCAUUCCAUAUAUGUAGGUGUUUCUGGCAACUUCGAGAAGCUAUUGCAUCUCAAAAUUGUGGUCGAUGCGGAGACCGGUUUCCCAAAUCUAGCCAAAUGGGCAGAAAUCUUCACAACUGGUGUCAUAUUUGAUGUUCAGCGUGUAAAACAAUGCGCAAAGAAGCUAGCGAGUAAUGCUCGUGAGAAGAAACGCGAUGGUUACAGUGUUGCUACUACUGCUCUAUCCUCGAUGAUAUACUUACCCAACACUAAUGAUCAUAUGUAUGAUGAACUAAUCCUUGAGCAAUUCCACGGAAAAAUAGCAAAGGAUUGUGAUUCAAAACCUGAGGAAGUAUUGAAACGGCUAGAAGAGCUCCGUGCGACCUUAUUUGCCCAUGGUGUGAAUGCUCAUUUGCUAUGUAAUGUGGACCUGAUUGAGAGCAAACAGUUCGAUCCAGUUCAGUGGAGCUUUGCCGAAAAAUUCUAUGGAAAUGCGGAGAAAUUUGGCGCGAAAGCUGGAGAAUCAAUCGAUACUGCAUGUGUGGGUAGGCAGAAGGUGAUAAGUGUAGGUGGCUCUGAAUCGUCAUUCAUUUCCCAAGUAUGCAUGAUGGAUUGUGAUUGGAUGAGUGAUGAACUUGUACCGACCAUGCUGUUGGCACAGUAUUUGAGCCAGUGUGAGGGACCACUGUGGCGAGGUAUUCGUGGUGAAGGGUUGGCAUAUGGAGCGAAUAUAUAUGUGAGAUCAGAUCGCAAGACUAUUACAUUAUCGCUGUAUAGAUGUGCCCAACCAGCCCAAGCUUAUGAAGGAACGAAGAAGAUUGUUAAUGAUGUUAUCAAAAGCGGGAAGGUGGUUGAAUCGGAAUUCGAAGCGGCUAAACGUUCAUUGAUAUGUGAAUUGGUAGAAAAAGAGGAUACGGUGAGUGGCGCUGGAAAGCUGUCGAUCAUUAACGACAUACGGGGAACUCCUUCAAAUUACAGAAAGGUGCUAUGUGAGAAAGUCUGGAAUACUACCCCUGAGGAUAUGCUACGUUUGGGCGGUCCACGAGUGGCCAAUCUGUUUGAGAACUAUGUCCGAGCUAUCGCAGUGCAUCCAUCGAAGAUUGCAGAAGUGAAGAGUGCAUUCCCAGGCAUUGAAGAAGUCCCUGUUGCAUCUCUCAACUAUGUCCCGUCAGCGUCAUCCUAA